AAGGUGGGAAAUACUUCUUAUCUUACCGAGAUUUUUGUUGCUUCUAAAAUUUGGUUACAGAGCAAUAUUUUAAUUACGUUAGUAUGUUUCGAAUACUUUUCAUCCUUUUCAUUGUGUUUUCGUCAUGGGUUGAUUCGUACCACAUCUAUGGAUCCAGAAGACAAAACUUUUACCCCAACUAUCACGGUAUUCGUCAUCGUCAUUACAUUAUGUACAGACCGCCUCGAAACUUUAAUCCUUUUCUGUACAAUAAUCCUUCAGGAAGUGCCACAAUAUAUCGUUGUCAGUACGAUAUUCAUUGUCCUCCUUGUCACACAUGUUGUUAUGACACAUUUUACGGUUGCAAAGUUUGCAAAAAGUGCCCGCUAUAUUUCGAUCCUCCAAGGUUUGGUACAACUGAUGGAAAUAAGGUUACCGAUGUAGACCCGUUUACUGUAACUACAGAGGAGUUUUCAACAACUACUACUACUGAAAGUACCACGACCGAAUCAACUACUCCUACUACGACGACCGAAACAACUACUCCUACUACAACAACCGAAACCACUACAAUUUCACCUUCUACACCAGAAUUCACGGACACGACAACUUUAAGUAUCGAUUCAGAAACCACUGAAACUUAUAAUGUUGAUAUUGUAACAGCAGUUGCUCAAUUUACAACAAAAGUUACAGAAGACGAUGAUAAAGAAGAUACCGACAGUGAAGGGGAAGUAGAUUUCAAUGAAAACGGACAGGAUGGCGAUAACAAAGAAUAUGAUGAAAAUGAAGGGGAGGAAGAUUCUAAUGAAGACGAAGACGGUGGCGAUGACAAUGAAGUUAAUGACAAUCAAGUGGAAGGAGAUUCCAAUGAAGACGGACACGAUGGUGAUGAUAAAGAAGAUUAUGGAAAUGAAGGGGAGGAGGAUUCUAACGAAGACGGAGACGGUGGCGAUGACAAUGAAGAUAAUAGCAAUCAAGUGGAAGGAGAUUCCAAUGAAGACGGACACGAUGGUGAUGAUAAAGAAGAUUAUGGAAAUGAAGGGGAGGAAGAUUCUAACGAAGACGGAGACGGUGGCGAUGACAAUGAAGAUAAUGGCAAUCAAGUGGAAGGAGAUUCCAAUGAAGACGGACACGAUGGUGAUGAUAAAGAAGAUUAUGGAAAUGAAGGGGAGGAAGAUGCUAAUGAAGACGAGGACGACGGCGAUGAUAACGAAGGCGAUGACAAAGAAGUGGAAGGAGAUUUCGAUGAAGACGGACAGGAUGGUGAUGAUAAAGAAAAUGAUGAAAAUGAAGGGGAGGAAGAUUCUAAUGAAGAGGAGGACGACGGCGAUGACAACGAAGGCGAUGACAAUGAAGUGCAAGCAGAUUUCAAUGAAGACGGACAUGAUGGCAAUGAUAAAGAAGACGGUGAAAAUGAAGGGGAAGAAAAUUUCAGUGACGACGACGACGAUGAUGGCGAUGACAAAGAAGAUGAUGACGAAGACGAAGACGAAGACGAAAACGAAGGCGAAGACGAAGACGGAGACGAAGACGGAGACGAAGACGAAGGCGAAGACGAAGACGAUGACGAGGGAAAAGACAACACAGAGGAAGAAAACAGCGACUACGAAGGUGACGCAGAAGAUGGUAAUGUUCCUCCCGAGUCUGAAAUUCUCUCUACAGCAAGAAAAAUAAACGUAUUUAAUUUAAUAUAAUCAAAACUUACUUUUCAUAUUUUUUUUUGUAAUAAAUUUAAAUUAUUUACUUUCAGCUCUCGACAAACAUCAUUCCAUAAGUACUAUCGUAUUUAUUUAGAUAAGAUAUUGAUUUGUGUAUAGUGGUGUGACGAUUUAUUCAUAUUUGGGUAACCUGAAUAAAUAAUAUAAAUGUC